CACAUGGCUGACUGGCUGGAUGACUGACGGACUAUCUGACUGACUGAGCAAACCCCCUACCUAGGUACCAACAGCUUUCAGAACACAGCCCAGAUUGGCUCUUCUGCCCAGACCUCCUUCGUCUCCACUGUUCCCGGAAUCCCAUGCCCAGGAUUGUCAUCGGCAUCCCCAGAGCCGCAUUGGUAAUCCGUCCUCACCUCACGCCCCUCCCCCCCUUCUCACCCCAAUGGCACACCCGCUCUAAUCCCAUCUCCAUGUUUUUGUUCUCCUCACAGCUACGCAGAAUUCUCGCCCUCUUCUGGUCAUCCUACCCAAAAUGAUGGGGAACGGUCCGAUUCCUCGGCCUGGAGACCCCAGGCCCCGGACGGCAACAUCUCGGUGCCUUUCUCCCUCGUCCAACGGAAACCAGUCCAUGGUCCGUCCCAAGUCAUCCGACACUCGACUCUCGGUCCUCUCUUGACGUCACGCCCCCCGCUAUCAAGACACCCCCUGCCGCCAUCGCCAGUCUUCCAGCCUUUCGGUUCUCCCCAGCAAAUCGUCUUGUGUCUGUUUUGCUACGGGACCACCGUGUGGGGGGUGGUGGUGCUCGGGGCUUGGGGCUUGUGUCGUGAGUUGAUCGACCGAAACAUACAUAUAUAACACUGCGAGACGUGUCCCCCAACAUUGCGUUCCCAUUGUCUCGGACGAACCAUCAUCGACAUCCUUCCUCAAGCACCUCACACCCAACUUCCCCCCUCAACCCUGGAAUAUCGUCGCCCACCAUGGGUUUCUCGACGAUCGAGUUCGACAAGUACAAUCCUGCCUCGGAAAAGGCAAGCGAUGCCCGCCAGGACCUCGCCCACCUCGACUACUCCCCGCUGAAGCGCAUCACGGGGCGGUCAUGGGCCAUGGGCAUCCUCGUCUCCAUGGGCGGCAUGGUCUUCGGCUACGAUACCGGUCAGGUCUCCGGCUUCCUUGAGAUGCCCGACUUCCUUGAACGCUUCGGCGAGCGCGGCCCCGAUGGCACCCCUCAUUUCAGCAACGUCCGCUCCGGUCUGAUCGUCGGUCUCCUCUCCAUCGGCACCCUCAUCGGCGCCCUGUGCGCCGCCCCCAUCGCCGACCGCUUCGGACGUCGCUACUCCAUCUCUUUCUGGUGUGUUGUCACCUCGAUUGGCUUCGUCAUCCAGAUUGCCGCCGAGAGGGCAUGGGAGCAAAUCAUGAUGGGCCGCUUUGUCGCCGGCCUUGGUGUUGGCGCCCUGAGUCUCAUCGUUCCCAUGUUCCAGGCCGAGACUGCACCGCCCUGGAUUCGUGGUGCUCUUGUCUGCGCCUACCAGCUCCUGAUCACAUUGGGUAUCUUCCUUGCCGCCUGCUUCAACUAUGGUACCGUGACACACCUCGAGAACAGCUCUGGUUCGUGGCGCAUCGUCAUCGGUCUUGGCUGGCUGUGGACCCUUAUUCUUGGAGUCGGAAUCCUCGCCUUCCCCGAGACGCCUCGCUUCGACUACCGCAUGGGCAGAAUCGAACGGGCCAAGAGCACCCUCUGCCGCGUCUACGGCGCACCAGAGAACCACUACAGUAUCCAUGUUCAGCUCGAGGAAAUCGAGAGCAAGCUGCGCGCCGAGUCCUCCAUCAAGGGCAACGCCGUCCAAGAGUUCACCGGCAUGUUCAAGGCCCCCCGCAUGGCCUACCGCAUUGCUCUGGGAUGUGCUUUGCAAAUGUUCCAGCAGCUCACUGGUGCAAACUACUUCUUCUACUAUGGAACCACCAUCUUCGCCUCGGUCAACAUCAACUCCUUUAUCACGCAGAUCAUCCUAAACUCCAUCAACUUCGGAACCACCUUUAUUGGUCUUUACAUCGUCGAGCAUUUCGGACGUCGCAAGUCGCUCAUCACCGGCUCUAUCUGGAUGUUCGUGUGCUUCAUCAUCUUCGCCUCCAUCGGCCACUUUAGCCUCGACCAGGAAAACCCCCAGAGCACUGUCGGUCCCGGUAUUGUCCUCAUUGUUUUCGCCGCCCUGUUCAUCCUGGGCUUCGCGACUACCUGGGGUCCCAUGAUCUGGACUAUCCAAGCCGAGCUUUUCCCAUCCCGCUACCGCGCCAAGGCUAUGGCUCUCUCGACGGCCAGCAAUUGGAUGUGGAACUUCUUCAUUGGCUUUUUCUCGCCCUUUAUCACUGGGGCCAUCGACUUCCGCUACGGCUACGUCUUUGCCGGCUGCAACCUGGUCGGUGCCGCCAUCGUCUACUUCUUCGUCAUCGAAGGUCAAGGCCGUACCCUCGAGGAGAUUGACACCAUGUAUCUCGAGCGCGUUGCCGCCUGGAAGAGCACUCAAUGGGUGCCGCCUUCCGCCGAAGAAAUGCAUCGCAUCCGCAAGCAGGCAGGCACCGAGUUGGAUGCCAGCGCGAGUGACACGGCCAUGCAUGGCGAGAAGAGCGAGGGACUGCAGCCAAAGGGCGUCAACGGCACCUCCCACCAGGAGAGAGUCUAAUCAUAAUGUCUUGGCAUUCGAUACCACGUGGCGUUUUCUCGUUUUGCAGCCACAAUUGGGUCUGCGGGAAGUGGUGUAUUUACAUGGAGAUUAGCAUGGCAUGGAGUUGAGGCAUAUUGAAUCGAUCAAGAAAGAUCACAUGAUUUCUAGCGUUUAUACCAAUACCAAUUCAAUAUUAUACGCAUGUAGUGAAGCAUAAGUGCUUCGUCGGCCACUUGAAAUAGUAUGAGCCACACACACGUCUACCUAGAGAGAAUUUUGAC